ACAUGGAUUCCCGCGAAUGCAGCAACAUGCCUAUUGUGUCAAAACUUGAAUUUUGACAACAUUGCUCCCUUUGUUGCUCCCUACCUGCUUGAUUCUUCUGAAUCCGUGAGAAAUGGUACAAAAUAAAGUAAAGAAGCAUUUUUAGUAUUAAACAAUAGCAUUCAUGAAUAGGAAAUUAAUCUUUGAUCGUACAAGAUAACAUCCCGAGCCGACAUGUCGGCGAGUCCCCGCGGCGCGCUGGUGCGACGCACCAUCGACCUCAACUAUGAGAACAAGAAACGCGCCUCCGCCCUCAAGUGGAUUGUGAUCAACGGCGUGGUGUUUCUUCUCUUUGCUUAUGAUCUAUGCAGAGUAUGUCCUGGGCAAACAACAUUGGUGCAUCAUGUGGAACUGGCAUUAGCCGUGGUGGCACUGGCCAAUCUGGUACAGCAUGCUCUCAGUGCGUUACCACGCCGUCGCACCCGUCUGGCGCUGUCGCCGCGCCAGCAACGCCUGCUGGGACUCAGAGACACUGAUUUAGAUCGUUCACUUGAAGUGUCACGGGUAGAGGAAACUACAGCAGCCCCACCAACGCCAGACCCGUGGCCCGCAGAAGCACUGGCGCUGUCGAUGUGUGCGCAGCGACGUGACACUUCGCCUGGGAGCGCAUCGCCCUCCCGCCUUUCACCUGGCUCACCACUCUCGCACUCCUCCCAUUCCCCACACUCUUCGCAUUCCCCACACUCGCCGCACACUCCACAUUAUUCGCCACAAAAUACUCAUUAUUCUCCAAAAAGUAUCCAUUAUUCCCCACAAAGUAUGCACUAUUCUCCCCGGAGUCCACAUUACUCUCCUCAUAGUCCGCAUUCCACGCCAUCUUCAGAGCGUUUUCCUCGCGAUGAGUUUAUUGCAGAUCGCCGGGCGCUCGCUGACUUUCUUAGACAGGAAGAGGCGCGCGGGGUUGCGAUGGACGCGGCGUGGGGAGGGGCUCAGCUCUCCGCCUCACUAACCGCGCCACUCGCAGCACCUGUCUACCAGUUGGCUACUGUCGACACUGACCGCGGCACGGAGGAGUCUCGCGGGUCCCGCUCGCCGCCCGCCUGCCGCCGUCUGCAGCUUGACCCGCAGCGGCUCACCGACUACGACCUCAACCUGCGCCUCUGGCUCCAUGCAACAAUAUUUGAACGAGUGGUGCGUGAAUUGGCGCGGCUGGAUUCAAUGUUGGCGAGCGCGGGGGCAGAGGCACGAGCAGGGGGAGUGCCCCUCGAACGGCUGCAAGCCGCCGCGGCCGCUCUGGGGCCUACAGGCGCUACCUGUUUCGCCAACUUGCUACCUUUCCUAGAGCCUUUUGCUGACCAGCGUUAUGCUGUACAAAGGAUCAGAGAGUUGUCGCGCGGCGGCUGCCUGAGCGGGUACAAGUGGGACGGCGGCAGUGGCGAAUGGGAGGAUUCGAAGCCCACAGAUGCAGAGCUGGUGCUGCAACUAUUUGCGUCUUACCUAGACACGCAGCUGCCAGGCGGCGGUGGCGGCUUGGGCGGGACGGGCGGCACGGGCGGCGCGGCCGUGCGGCGCCCUUUCUCCAUCGCGCACGUCACCAGCGCGCCGCAGCCUGCGCCGCGUGGUCCGAGGGCGCUUGCUAUACACCGCGUCACGCGACGCCCACCGCACUAUGUACUCGCGCUCGGAGAUGAGACUAUUGAGGUAUGCCGCGGGCGUGACAACCUACUGCGUUCGCUAUUGGUGUUCGUAGCGGCGGCAGCACGCUCCGACCCACCCGCCAUACAGCGUGUCCACCUCGGACGCGCAGGACUCAACCUGCUCUGGGUCAUCGGGCGGUGACAACCGCACAACCCUAUUAGCAUUAAUAAAUUUAUUUUUAAAUUUUUACUGUUUUUUUAUCUAAUGAACAUAAAAUGAAUGAUCAAUAUGUAAUUCUG